CUCUGUAAAUAUAUAACUUUAGCAACAUUUGAAACAUUUUUAGGCGAGAAAGUAGCCGUUUAGAUCCACAACGUGUUGAAAACAUGACCAAAUAACAGCUAAUUACAAUUCUGUUCGGACGAUUUCGGAGAUUUCGGCGCUACUCAAGCUAGCCGCAGUGAGCAACGCACUUCCGGUUAUUUUCACAAAAUAAAACACCCGUUGCCCUUUCUUAUACAGAAAACCAUAACGAUAAAAUUUGUGCUUUUACUUUGAAAACGGGAGGUGAACCUACCCUUGAUGUAGCUAGCUUGAAACCGCCGUUUUGACCGAUCUCGUCCCGUUAACGGAAUUUGACCGUACAAAAUGCCUCACCGGAGAGUCCUCUCAGCUCUGAGACGAAGAUCGGCCCGCCGUCUUCGGUACAGAAUGAUGCUCGCAAUCGACCUGGGAUUGUUCGCAGAUGUGGCGUCAAGAGGGCCAUACUGCAGGGUGAAUCCCAAUGUUCCUCUGUUGCACCUCUAUUUUAAUGGUGGUGACACCAGUAAGGAUUUCCGUGUGUCCCGAGAGUCCCUGGAGAGCCUCAUCCAGCUUGUGGCAGACAAGGACCAUGGCUGGGAAAAGUCCUUUGAGGUCCUGGUUUUUGUGUACUGGUUGGCCUGUGGAACGUCCUACCGGGUUGUGUCAGAGGCAUUUGACAUCCCCCGCACCACAUGCCAUGACAUGAUUCACCAGGUCAGCAAGGUCAUCCGGGGGGUAUUCAGGAGGCUCAUCCACUUCCCUGACAUGGAGGAGCUGGAGGAGAUUGGUGCAGGAUUCCAGCAGCUAUCUGGUUGUCCGGCUUUCUGCAGAGUGGCAGGAAGCAUUGAUGGGUGCCAUGUCCGCAUUGUCCCACCCGGGCAGUUUGCAGGGGACUACUUCAACAGGAAGCUGUUCCACUCCAUCCAGUUCCAGGCAAUCUGCGACCACAAGGGUCGUUUCCUGGAUGUGGUGGUGGGCUUCCCUGGCUGUGUGCAUGAUGCCAGGGUCCUGAGGAGCAGCCCCUUCUACGUGCACCAGCUGUACCCACCUCCUGGAUGGUAUCUGAUCGGGGAUGGAGGAUACCCAUGCUUGGCUGAGCCGAUUCGCCUGUUGACACCCUUCAGGGAGCCUGUCCUCAAUGCGGUGGAGGGCAGGUACAACACCAGGCUGUCCAGGGCACGGUGUGUGGUGGAGAGGGCAUUUGGAGUCCUCAAGACCAGGUGGCGCUCCAUAUUCCUCAAGGCACUGGAGGUGAAGGUGGAGUUUGUGCCAGAGGUCAUCACUGCCUGCCUUUGCCUCCACAACCUCUGCAUCAGCAAUCAGACAUUUUGGAGCCUGAGCCUGUGGAAGAGGAAGAGGAAGAUGGUGGUGAUGGUGAUGGUGAUGGCGAUGGAGGGGAAGGCCACGAGCCUGUUCAGCGGUCUGGGGACACUCUCAGGAACAGGCUUGCAGCUGCAGUGUCUGCGCCGAGAGACCGGGUCCCAGUUCUGCAAGAACAUGACUAUUGUUAAAUUGUAUUAUACACAGGGAGUUCUGUUUCUAUAA